AGAGAAGGUACCAACCUCUAUUAGAUCUUGGUAACCUCUCCCCUUACUAUACCUGGCAUGUGGUGAAGAGACCUUCCACGUAUUUCAUAACACGACUUUUCAUCUUCACAUAUUCUCAUUUUAGUACAUGCAUUCAUCAAAAUUCAGCUCUAUCAUCUCCAGUUGAGAUCUUCCACGUUGAAAACGUUGGAUUUUGGUUAGUUUAUUUGACAAGAUCUGAAUACUUUCCCUUUCGGUAUUGGAUUGCCUUCGGCCUUGCUUUCUGCUUCAUACUCUGUUGGCUGUCACAUUGCUAUAUCAGUUUAGUCCACUAUACACAGCCAGUUUCUUGUAUCUUAACCACCAUGCACCGUCGAAAUAGUACCAAGCACCUUGACCGUCGGAAGUCCACCUCUUCUAUAAGCAGCGUUCAUCUAGAGCAUAUUCACCCUAAGACGGCUGAGCGUGAUGCCCAGGCUGCGGCUACUAAAGCCUUUGCUAGAGCGAGAGAACGAUCUGCUACGGAUGCAACAUUGUGGCCGCCACAACGUAAUAAUGGCUCCAGCGGGAAGAGCAGCUAUGGCGGUACUCCCGAGCGAUGUAGCCACGAUUCAAGCCUCAGACGUCAACAAAGUGUUCGCUUUGUACGAGCGAGGUCUUCGCGAGGAACACAAAUUCACACAGUCGUCGAAGAUAUGACCCCAGCUCCUAAAAUAAGUACCGUGAAGGUUAGGGUCACUGUGAACGGUCUUGGGCCCCGGUCAACAAGCAGUGCCUCUGGUGCGGGAAUGGUCUCCGCGGCCAAAGGCAUGGCAGGAGACUAUAUUAAUGCACUCCUUGCCGGAGAGGAGUAUUAUACCCCAGAAGACGACAUUGCGUCAGCCCCUUCGUCGUACAGGAAGAUUCGAAAGUCUAGAUCGAUGUUUGCCAGUUCAGAAGCCAGCAUGUCUUCAAAGAAUUUCUAUCAAGGCCCAGUCUCGGCGACAACGAGCCAAUUGGCUUCGGAAUGCCCAGGCCCGUCUAAGCUCGACAUGGAGGAGAGUAUACCCGCAACAAGACUCAAAGCGCCGAAGUCCAUGUCAUUCCUGAGGAGUCGCCGUGAUCAGCCAAUGCUGUUUUCUAAGCGCCGGGGUAGUAUCCCAAUUGGGGGUUCCAGUGAUGGUUGGAAUGGAGUUUCGACCGACAAGGAGGGACUCAAGAAAUCGCACUCAUCGGCUUUCCCCCGUUCAAACCCUGCUAAUAUAGAUAGGUCUCUGCGAAAGAGUAUGAGAGACACCAGCAACGAUACGUUACCCAUGUACGGGAAAAUUCCCAAAGAUGGCAGUUUAAGAAACCGAGCCCGAAAAGUUUCGCACAACGUUAAACACAGGCUGAAAAGUCUUUUUAGUCUAGUCAAGGGUGAAAACGAUGAGGCUAUGUUCCCCCCUCAACAUAUCGAGGCUUCGAGAUCACACAUUAUGGACUCAGAUAACAAAGAGUUUAUGAAGGAUGACGAGUCCCAGUUCGAACCUACGAUCGAUGAAGGAGCGAUAUCUCGUGUACCUUCAGGCAUCCCAUCGUUGCAUGCCGUUCCUUCGCACCAGCAACUCCGUUCACGGAAAGGCAGUGUAGAAAGCUUGGCGAGCGAAAGAAGAACUUCAGAUGAUAGGUCUCGGGUAACUAGCUGGACCAAUUCAGAUACUAACACUCUCAAUACUUUGAAUAGCCAUAGAGGAGAAUGGGAACGGCAGCGGUUAUCGGUUAUUAAAGAGAACGGCAUGCAUGUCUCCUCGUCGUCGGCAAGACCCCCUAAUAUUAAUUCCCAUGCCACGAGCACAACUACUAAGGUUGGCUCCACGCAACCUCCCAUGCCACCGCAACCAGCGACCGUCAACAGUCAAAGGAUAUAUUCAGCGCUCAUGAAGAAGCUCAGGGACACCAAUAAGCAUUCCCAGACGUUCGAAGUACAAGCGCAAAAGAGUGACGAUGACUACAUCAGUGUAGGCGCUAUACCCCUGAGAGGAAGUUCUCGGGCCCAAGAAAUCCAGAAACCUAUAUUUCCAGCAACCAUUCGCCAUGUGGUUUCCGAUAUCUCAUCGGACACAAAUUCGGUCGGAACGGUAGAGAGGAAACAAGCUGCAGAUCCCAGAAAGGUCGAGACGGAGCAUAAUGACUUCCCCUUCCAUCUAAAUAUCGAAUCGGCAUCGGAGAAGGACUUUUCGUCUUCUACAUCUGCGGUCCCAACAAACGAAUAUAGGGGAUCGGUAGAUGACCAGAAAACUCCCGCGCCUCCAGUAAGAACGCUAUCAACUCGAAGUUCAGCUUUUUUUGCCAGUCCAACAUGUCAUCUGUUUCGCACGCGAAGUCCCUAUAGGCGUGCAAUCCAAGAAUCAAUUAGGACAGACUCUCAAACUUCGGGUUUGAAGUCUCCCGAGUUUAAUCCUUGGAUGCGAUCCUUGACGAGCUUGCCCAUCCGGUGUCCAAGUACGUGCGAGUCAGAGAUGGACAAGAAAAUGCACUAUGCUAAGAGCAUAUACUCCACAGCUACAGAAGAAGCGUUUACAGGGUCUUCCACCAACACGUCAACGGUGAUGGAUCGUUUCCCCAAACCACCGCACGCCCUUGGAGAUGCCACCAUAUUUGUUGACCCCCCGGUUUACCGGCCAACCCCACCUAUUGUGCCUAAUCACAGAGUCACUUCUUCUGCAAGCUCUGUAGAAUGGAAGACAUGGUUAUCUGCUAACGUUUCGAAACUAGAGGGUAGUCCUGGUUGUACAGAUCCAGGAGUCCUCGAAUAUACCGUACCUUCCAGUCGCUCUUCUGGGCAUGUCCGUGAGAAGGCACAGAUUAGUGACGAGGAUGAAUCACCCCAAUUAGAAGUAUACAAGCCUACGGGCCCAGACACUAUGCUCGCAACCAUUGGGCAUACUGCAAGAGCAUUUCCCAUGGGCCCUCGACCGACUAUGCAAAGCAGUACAUCACCAAGUCCUCACUGCGACAAAGAAAACGAAGCCCCGGAUACCUCUUCUGCAAAUACGUCAAGAAGGAUGCUACUGCGCAAAACACCAUCCGCAGUGAGCAUGAGGUCUGCUCAGGAGGAGAAGGCUGCUCAGGAGUCUACUGGUAGAGAGAGAGGAGGCUUCGAUUCGAUCCGCCGGAAGUCGCUAGCGCACAAGUCCUCCGCCAACACGCUUGCGGGCAGCAACAACCCGCCAUCUACUAGGAAGUUGGUCAAGAAGCAAUCGGGCUUCAGGAAAUAUGUGACACCGACAGCGAGCCCCAGGGACGGGGGCCUGAUGACGGCGGUGGACAAGCAGUUUAGGAAAACAACAAUUGGUGGCUCGAACGAUUCCAGCAAGCGCAAGUUGGAGCUUGCGACGCCGAUGAAGACGGAGAAUAUCAGCCCCAGGCAAGAUAUGGAGACUAUUGGUGAUGAUGGUGGUGAGGUGGACUUGGACCCUUAUGAUGUCGAGGGAUCCGGCGUCCUUGGCCCCGAGACGGACACCGGGGUGGGGGCGACGCCGCAGUCUAUCGGCGGCAAGAAGAUGGUGGAUAUUUUUCUUAGCAGCAGACGUAGGCGCAUGGCGAGCGGUGGUGGUGGUGAUGAUGGGGGCGUAUUCGUUUGAAUUCUCUCGAGUUUCAAGAGAUGGCUGUUGUUGUUGACUGACUAGAGUGGUGGGGGGGUAUUUCUUGUCUUGUUUUGGAUUAAGGCAUUAACUUUGGUUAGUCUUUGACGGAGUGGAGGAUAUAAUGAAUUAGUGGGAGCUUAGAGUACGUGCUAUAGGUGGUCUUGAAACGAAACGGGUUGCUUUCGUACGGAGGAGAUAUGGGGGCGGAGAAGAAGGAAGAGGGUAAUGAGGAGGAGGAGAAGUUUUGUAUAGGCACCUAGAUGUAUUAAAACGACUAUCGCUUAGAGUAUGAAUGGAAAGUAACAUGACCCGCCCAUGGCUUCUAGGCUGGGGUAGGCGUAUAAUUACAACUGCUAGGUAUUGGUUUGAUGUUUUGGCGUGUGUGGUUGAUACUCUAGGUAGGCACCGAGUAGGGCAGGGUGCAUCGUUGGGAACAUCAAAUAUCGAUAUGUCAGCUUUGUUCUAGACCUGGCCAUGAAUUAGAAUUGGGAUUGAUUCAAUUGGGCCCAUUGAAUUGGUAGGAGGUAUGUAGG